CAGAUGGUUUCCCAAGCAACCUUAAUCAAAACAUCAAAUCAGAAGAAACUUUCAUGAGUUCUUGACAAAGCUUUAUUUUAGAUAUACAACACAUAUUAUUCACAAUUACAUUGAAAUAAGGAUUUUCCUGAUUACACACUAUCAUGGAGGAUGAUAGUGACAUAUCUCUCACUUUUCCGAGUAGCCAAAAUGAAGGAAAAGCUAACGAAGAAUUAUACAAGAAAUUCGAAGAAUCACAAAGUGUGGAAUUCGAUGAGAGCAGACCACUUACUUUUUAUCUUCCCAGUUGCCACUGUCUGGAAGAUAAGAAGAAGGAGCAAGAGACUGCAAGGUUCAAUAUGGAGUUCAGGGAAAAGGAAGUCAACGAAGUGUUAGCUCCUGAUCAUCCUGCUCUUGAAAAAUUCCAAAAAGCUUUGAAAGAACAUCUGCUGAAGCAGAUAGAGCGACUGAAUGAAGAAAUAUUCGAAUUGGAGACGGUUACCAAGAAAAAAAAUGCGGAAAAGGAAGCGAUCGGUGUCGAAACUUAUGAAACGCAGCAAAUGGUUUGUAGAAAGCAAAAAAUUCUGGAUGAAUAUGUGGAAAACGUGAAUAAUGCGACCGCUGCUAGAGAAGAAAUCGAACUUGAAUUGAAGGAGUACAGGGAAAAGUACAGAUGUGAUACUGAAGCUCUAAUGAGGAUUCAAAAAGAAGAAAAGGAAUUGAGAAAUGAGGUGGAAACAGUCAACUUACUUCUGCAUCAAACUUCCAUGUGGGAAAAAGAUGUCGAAUCAGACAUAACCAUCAGUAAACGAAUGACUGAAAAAACUAUAAAAGACCAAAUACAGCUCCUGAACGAAAAACAAAAGCAGGAUAUGAUUCUGUAUAAGCUCCAAUCCGAAGUGUGGAAAUUGGAAACCGACCUGGAAAAUACCGAUAUGAAGCUGGAGGUGAAAGAGAAGGAGAGGGAAGAAUUGGCCCAGGCAGUUGCCGAAGGAAACACCACGAUCGAGGCUAUCGAAUCCGAUUACAGAUGCCUCAUGCAUUCUUGGAACUCUGUCGUUGUUGCUAUAUCGAAUCGUGAUAGGGUUCUGCAUUGUGUUAAUCAAGAACUACAGAAAUACGAAGAGGACCACAAGAACAUAAUUUGCGAAACGGAAAAAGUCAAGAAAUUGACCAAAGAAGAAAUGGUGAACAACGAGAAACUUACAGCCGUAAAACAAAGAAUACUCGGCGAUAUAGCAACGUGCAAGAACCAAACGGAAGACGAACUCGCGAAACAGAGAAGACUCGAGAAGAGAAUAAUGAAAUAUCAAUCUAUCAUCGAGGCUACCGAGAAAGAUAUUGAAAAAAUUGAUGCCGAGAACAACGCUGAACAAACGGCCCUGUCUGUGCUAGACAGGGAAUGGGAUAAGAAGAACCAGACGAAGCUUCACUGGGAAGAGCAAAUCUUCCUCCUUUUGGAGGAUGAAACUACAAAUAGCAAAGCAUCGCAGCACUUGGCCUUGAGACUGCGCCAAAUGAAGGCGCAAAACAGGAAGUUGGAAAUCACCUUGGCUCUGUCGGAGAACAAGAACGCCAUCAUCCAGACCAAAUUGGAAUCUCAGAUAUCGAUAAACGCAGAGUUGAGUAAUCUGAUAAAGGACUUGACUUCAACCAAAAUGCAGUUGGAAAAAGAACUGGGUGACUUCCAAGAUAAACUAAAAGAGUACGAUAAUCUGAUUGUGAAGAGACAACGGCUUAUCGACAAGCUCAAUAACAAGGUGAUGGAGAUGGUUACCAUUAUAGGGGGCAAAGAGAUAUCUCCCGCUGAAAUGAAAAUAAAAACACUAGAAAAGAAUAUAGAAGACGCUAAGGAGAGGAUUAAAGAGCUACAGACGUUCUGGAUGCGUGAGCAAAGGAAUGUUUUAAGUUUGUCAGAAACAAGGCAACAGCAAAUCGCCAACAACGAUCUUCUAAGAAAACAAAUCUUGAUAUUGCAACAGAAAAACCUCAAAUUGAGCGACGAAAUCGAAGCAAUCAACAAGCAGGAUCAGAAAACAAGUAGAAACAUACUGAAUUACCAUAACCAGAUCCUCAUGAGGAGUGAAUCGCUCAGCAGAAAAAAAGACGAGAGGAAAGGUUUGGACGCCCACAACGAUUUGGCACAAAUGGAGUUCAUGUCGAGACUGAAGGAUGCGGAGCUGGAAUGCCUCAAAUUGGAGGCACAAAUAGCCGAUAUCGAAGAAGAGAAACUGAUCAUAAGCAAACAGUUACUGGACAUAAACAGGGAAGUUUUAGAAUGGGAGAAGAAACUGAAGAUUAUCGUAGAUACUAAAAAUCAAAUACAGUUAGAGAAGGGAGCUGAAGGUGAGAUUGGCCAGAUGAAAAUAGAAGUUCAUAAGAUGGAGGUCCGAUAUUCGCAGUUGAAAAAAGCUCAAGAAAGAUUCAUGACUGACUUAGAGCACUGCGUUUACCGCAGGGAGUCUAUUGUAGCAGGCAAUGAAGCUAAAGAGAAACGCAGCAAGUUUGGAAUAGAAAAAACCAGAUUUAAUUUCAAGAGAAAGAUGGACGAUACCAGAAACCAGAUAAGGCAAAUCGAAAACAGCAUGAAAGUGCUGAAGGAUAAAAUAAAAAAAGUAAACGACGAAAAAAAGAUGUGUGAAAAUGAGAUGAAAGAAAUGAAAGAAGAAGCUGAGGAAGUAAAGAAGGUGACUGAAAACAUACUGAACGAAUAUGAAAACGUCAAGACGGACAAACAGAUGCAAUUCGAGCUGCUGGUAAUGAAGCAGAAAAAGCUGAACAUGUAUUCAGAUCUGGCAAGAGGUAAAAAACCGUAUCUGAAGUACAAGAAUGAGUGUGCUUUAACACAAGAACUGGUGAAAAAUGAAGAGAUGAACGCUAAACUAAUAGGCGUUGUCGAUAAUUUGGGUAAAGAAUUUCCCAAUCAUAUGCAUUACUUUAACAGAAUUUUGAAUACUCUAAAUCUUCCCAAAGUUUAUGCAGGGGAUAUCAACUCGUGGGCCCUUGGUGUUGGUGGAGAUUGCGUGCCUUCUUGGAAUACUUGAAUUUUUCGAUUAUAUCAACGAAUGUAAUUAUUUUUUAUACGAUUUAUUCUUCGAUACAUUUGGAUAAAAACUUUCAUACAUUA